CACAAAAUAUUGUGGAAUGUGGAAUCCACAGUUUCCUUCCCUCUUUUUCUUCGCUUCGCAAUCCAUUUCUCCUUAUCUUUUUCUCUUCAAAAUUCUAUCCCACUCUCUCCAUUCAACGCUGCUGCUUUUUCCUUCUUUUGUUUUGAUGUCCAUGGAACUUCGUUGACCAUGGAGUUUCGGGGAUGCUCUGUUUUUGCGGCUUUUCUUAUCAGAACUUUGGUUCUGCUUUUACCUACUGCUUUUUCUGUCUAUGCCGAGAUUCCUUCCACUUUGGAUGGCCCAUUUCAGCCCGUCACUGUUCCUUUUGACGUCAGCUUGCGUGGCAACGCCGUUGAUUUGCCUGCCACCGAUUCACGUGUUCGCCGCCGAGUCAAAGGAUUCGAGCCUGAACAGAUAUCGGUCUCUCUUUCUGCCUCUUAUGAUUCUGUUUGGAUCUCCUGGAUUACAGGGGCAUUCCAAAUUGGUUACAACAUAACGCCACUAGACCCUACAAGUGUUGCCAGCGUUGUUCGUUAUGGGAAGUUAAGAUUUCCACUGAAUCAUGAAGCAAAGGGUUAUUCUCUUGUUUACAACCAGCUUUAUCCCUUUGAAGGUCUCCAGAACUACACUUCUGGAAUCAUCCACCAUGUUCGUCUCGCUGGGUUAAAACCUGACACAAAAUAUUAUUAUCGAUGUGGAGAUCCUUCUAUAGAAGCCUUGAGUGGUAUUUACUCUUUCAAGACUAUGCCAGUUUCUGGUCCAAGUAGCUAUCCUAGCAGAAUAGCAGUUAUGGGAGAUCUUGGACUCACAUUCAAUACAACCACCACAAUCAGUAAUGUGAUUCGAAACAAGCCUGAACUUGUUCUGCUGGUGGGUGAUGUGACUUAUGCAAAUCUGUACCUCACAAAUGGAACUGGUUCCGACUGUUAUUCUUGCUCAUUUUCAGAAUCCCCCAUACAUGAGACCUACCAGCCUCGUUGGGAUUAUUGGGGAAGGUUUAUGCAGUAUUUAGUUUCUAAAGUUCCAGUAAUGGUGGUAGAAGGGAACCAUGAAAUUGAACCUCAAGCUGGAAACCAAACAUUUGUUGCUUACAGUUCUCGAUUUGCAUUCCCAUCAGAAGAAAGUGGAUCUUCUUCAACAUUCUACUACUCUUUCAAUGCUGGUGGGAUACAUUUCAUUAUGCUUGGAGCAUACAUUGCUUAUAACAAAUCAGAUGAUCAAUAUAAGUGGCUGGAGAUAGACUUGGCUAAUGUUGACAGAUCUAGAACUCCAUGGCUAGUAGCUGCAUGGCAUCCACCUUGGUAUAGUUCUUACAAAGCCCACUAUAGAGAGGCAGAGUGUAUGAGGGUGGCAAUGGAAGAAUUGCUUUACUCAUAUGGUGUUGAUAUAGUCUUCAAUGGACAUGUUCAUGCAUAUGAGAGGUCGAAUCGAGUUUAUAACUACACAUUGGAUCCAUGUGGCCCUGUGUAUAUCACAGUUGGAGAUGGGGGUAACCGAGAGAAGAUGGCUAUUGAACAUGUUGAUGAGCCUGGCAAUUGUCCAGAGCCAUCAACUACUCCUGAUCCUUACAUGGGUGGCUUUUGUGCAAUUAACUUCACAACAGGCCCAGCAGCCGGUAAAUUCUGUUGGGAUGGACAACCUGAUUACAGUGCUUUCCGUGAAAGUAGCUUUGGCCAUGGAAUUCUGGAGGUGAAGAAUGAGACUUGGGCUUUAUGGACAUGGCACCGGAAUCAAGACUCUGAUGGGAAAAUUGGUGAUCAGAUCUAUAUAGUGAGACAGCCUGAUAAAUGCCCUAAACAGAGCACUAGAACUAAAUGCUGGUUUGCUGACAUUUAAAUGGUUUUAGUAGGAAAUAAUAAUAGAUGAAAGUGCUGCAACCUCUUAACCAUAUGGAAGAUGAUGGAAGAGGAAAAACAGAUGACUUCUGACCACUACAUGUAGAUAAAUACAACGGGUGGGGCAACAGGCAUCUUGUCUUUUGAUGGAUCAUUCCUCAUACAACACUCAACACACUAGGAAAAAGAAAAAUUACUAGCCAUUUUUGCAUUGUAAAUUGUAAAGUACAGAUUAUGGAGUGCUAUUUACAGAAUUUAUAGUUUAUAUUGGACAAUCCUCUUCUCCUCUCUCACACAGUUGUAAUUGAAGAGGAGCAGAAGUUACAUACGUAUAGAAUUAUGGUUGGAAAUCUGCUU